UAUUUUUAAAUAUUUUACUGAAUUUAAUAUGUUUUUAUUUUGUAAAUGAAUAGGCGAAUGUCCCAUAUCUUCGUCGCGACACUAUAGACCAGACGGAGGUUGCUAUCAGCACCUACUAUAGGGAUUCACAUUUUCCGGAGCUGGUUCAAACUUUAAAUGUGGUCGGCGAACAGUGCAAUUCAGAUUUAUUGGGAAGAUUUAGAGCAUCAUGUUUUGGGCAUUUCACUGAUUGGAGGCCCGGCGCGAAGAGCAAUAAAGCAUUACACCAGAUUGUAUCGAGGCAGAUUGUGUCAGAAGAAAAUGAGAUCUGCUUCUUUCUGUGCGGAGCACGAGUCAGAUUUUCCCCUGCGGACUACGCAUUAGUGACUGGGCUCAAUUUCGGGGGAUCGAGUUUCGAUGCGACAUUACAGCACGACUGCAGUCGCGUGGAGGCAUACCGACGAUUCUGCGGUGUGCGAAGCAUGACCAUACAGUCGCUCAUCAAACGCGUGUGCGAUUUGGAUCGUCGAGUGGAUGAUGAGGAUGGGAGCCUGUACCUUCGUGCUGUCCUCGUGUGUGUGGCUCACACCCUUGUUCUUGGGUUGGAUGCGCGGGUACAGCCGUGGCUUUGGGUUUUGGUGGAUGAUCUGGCUGCGUUUGAUAGAUUCCCCUGGGGCGCGUAUUCGUAUAAGAUGUUAUGCCAUUAUACGACAGAUGUAGGAACCGGCGAGAAAUAUCACUUCUACGGUCCUUCGUGGGCUUUAUAUGUCUGGGCAUUGGAGCGCGUCCCGGGCUUCGGACACAUGGUCGCAGCAUCUAGCGGUGAUCCGACAGCGCACCCUCGGUGUUUGAGAUGGACUUUCAGGGGUAAGCCGAAGCUUCACGGUCUGCGCGAUCUAUUCGAGGGACAGGGUGGUGUCAUGCCCCUGGAGCCCGAUGCUGACGAUCUGGAGAGUCACUACUUCAUAUCAGCGCUGACACCGGGCGAACUCUCGGUGAGCUUCAGCCCCCCCGACAACCCAUUAGCUCGGGGUGUCCAAUUUCCACAGGGCACCGGAGCCCGUGUUGUGGAGGAGCGCGGGGACGAGGAGGAUGUACCUAGACAGCCUCGUACGACUCGCAGUCACAGUGUCCGGGGCCCUGUGAGGGAUGCUCGACAGCACGAGCCGGCUCGUCAUUCAGUAGAGACGGGCUCGCGCCCUGUGAGGGAUGCUCGACCCCACGAGCCGGCUCGUCAUUCAGUAGAUCCGGGCAAGCGCCCAGCGCCGCAUACUUCUUCAUCGUCGAGCGGAUCUCGGACUGUAUCCAGUCCCAGCGAGGGUGAGGUGGAUCGUAAGUGGGUGAAGAAGACGAUCCGUCAGGAGAUUAAGAAGGCCUUCGGCAAAUUCGUGGAGAAACUGAAGAGCAAGGGUAAAAAGGACAGGUGCAAGAAGAGCAAACAUUUCCGAGUGCCCGACUCCCCUGAUGAUGAUGACCAGCGACGGUCCCCUGAUCCUCCACAGCCACGGUCUCCUCCACAGCCACGGUCUCCUCCACCCAGUGCUUCAGGGCCCGACGCUUCAGGGCCAAGCGUUUCACGUCCCUGCGACGACGACCCCCGCGAUGAGGAACCACGCCAUUCAGAGACCCAGGCCUACCCAUCACGCCCUUCAGAUUAUGCCCAUUCCCGCCCAGCAGAGACCCCGGAUUACAACGAGCAGUGGCGGGCCAUGAAUCAGUCUGUUCAGGGCGACUACACACCGGCAGCGCAGACUUUUGACUGGUCGACCCAGGUCUACCCUCAUUGGUCUUCCCCAUUCCUGAAGCCGCAGUAUAGCACAGAGACCCCGAUAUACUUUGCUGAACCGCUCACUUCUAUUGCACCACAUGAGUGGGGACAGUCCAGUUCGUCAGGGCAGGCUCAGACGGAGGAGCCUGAGCCACAGGCAGAGCAGCCACAGGUACUGCUGCUGCAGCACCCAGAGCAGCCGCCAGCAGAGCUCCCGCGUCGCAGUCAGAGGGUGAGGCGUCCGUCUAACUUUCAGAGAUCGCCUUGGGUUAAUAGCCAAAUGCCACGUCCAGUGACACAAACCUGCAGUGACCUUUAUGAGAAGUGGAUGGCUAGGUGUCGAGAGGGUAGGGGUCGUGAGAUUUAUGUCAAGGCAAGUGGUGGUUUGCGGGAGUACGACGACUUCGCGCGGGUGGAUAAUGUCAGCCAGGAAUUCACAACUGGGGAUAUUGACUUGUAUUUCUUGACCUUGAGAAAUAGACUUCGAGGUUCCCUGGAUUUACUGGAUGACGUAGAUAUGAAUAACACAAUCAUAGUAGACACGGAUUGGUUUAUAUACCUCAAGAAAGAGUUUGACGCUCUAUUGGAUAAGUGGGCAGGAAGUGAGUUCGGCCCCAAGGAGUUUCAUGUAUUGACUAGUACAGCACUGGCUGAUGAUUGGCAGCCUGCUAUAGAGUGGGUCUGCCAAGUACGUGGAAAAUCACUUAAGGGCCAUGAACUUCCUCCUGGUCAUAUAGGAUGGAUGGAUGCCGCACAGGUUCUCAUGCCAGUCAUAAUUGGCCACCAUUUUAUCCUAUGUCGGAUUCGGUUAGGAGACGCCGUAUGCGAGGUCUAUGACCCAGUAUUCCACAAGCUAACACCUCGACAACAGAAUGAUCGAGUUGGUGAUUUAUUACCUUUACUGAGAUUGUUGCCAGCUGUCCUUCAGGUGUCGAGGUGGCUAGACGACACAUCCAUUGAUGCGACAGUGGCAAAGAGCAAGUGGCCACUUAUGACGGCAGUGUUUGCUCCAGCGGAGGUUCAGUUUCACCAGCAGGACUCUGUCAGCUGCGGGCCUUUCGUCUGCAUGUAUGCUGAACGACUGAUAUCUGGCUCUCCAUCCAUUGAGUGGGGUAACCACAACGUGGCGGCAUACAGGGCCAAGAUUGCUAGAUCUAUAUUUUCGUUGUGUGAAACUAGGACACAUCGUAUCAAUAGACUUGGUUUUGCAUAGUUUUGUAUAUUGUUACAUUAAUGGAUGCUUCUAUUUG